GUGAAAGUAAAGGGGACUUGCUGUGUCGUUUAGCUGCCUGUUGCAUGCCAUGACUGGGUUGUAUGGGAUACUUCUUCUGUUUUCUGCGGGCAUGGCCUCCGUAGCAAUUCCCAGGUCCACACGGACUAAAAGAGGUUUAUUGGAGUUGGCCGGAGUCAUUAAGUGCAGCACGGGGAGAUGUGCCUUAGCCUACAUGAUGUACGGCUGUUACUGUGGACUAGGUGGUCAAGGCUGGCCCAGGGACAAGGCCGACUGGUGUUGCCAUAAGCAUGACUGCUGCUAUGGAGAGGCAGAACUUGCUGGUUGCCAAACCAAGACAGCCAAGUAUCAAUGGACAUGUGAAGACAAGACGGCCGAAUGCGAUGAUCUGAGGAACAAAUGUGAAAAGCUGCUCUGCAAGUGUGACAGGGAGGCUGCCAAAUGCUUAAGAAAGGCACCGUUCAUCCAGAAAUACGCCCUAUGGCCAGAUUUCCUCUGUGGCUAUGAUCACCCAACAUGUAAUAUUUACUGA